AUGGAUACGCCGUCUCAACCUCAGAGUUUGCAACUCGAAACCUUUCAGAUGAGUCAAGUCGAGCCCUCUCGCCCGGCAGGUGAGGUUCUUCGGAACGUCGACCUUCUCAGGGUGAUUUUUGAACAUUUCGAUGUCGAUCUGGAUGAGGAUCAGCCUACUCCCGGCAACGGCAAGAAGCCGUUGCUGUGGGCUGCGUUAUCCUGGAAGGCUUUCGUCGAUCCUGCCUUGGACAUCCUGUGGCGGAACAUGCACUCACUUACGCCUUUCUUCAAGCUUUUUCCCGUUUACAAAACGCUUGAUGGUAUGCAUGUUCCUCAUGUAGAAGUCAGAGGUAUAUCGCAAGAAAGUGAUAUCUUAGUGACGAUGUUGUACAUCGUGACUUCCGAUGCGCCCACCCUUGAAUCGCUAAGCCUUGAUGGCCGCGCGGUGACUCAGCUAUCUCUUCAACCUGUCAAGCAAUUUACGAAUCUUCGAUCUCUGUCUCUGACACAAAUGGGGCGGCUGAUUGACGACACCGUUCUUGCAUGGAUUUCCAGCUUAACGCAGUUAACCCAUCUUACUGUCGAUCUUCAAGGCUCCCCCCUUACAUCCAUCCCGAGCGCCUUCAGCACACUAUUGUCGUUGGACAUAGCUGGAUCCUUAUCACUUAUUUUGCUGUUUCUCACCGCUGUUGAAUCAGCCGCGUUGAAGGACCUUUCUUUCCUUGUGCUCACAGGUGGAAGCGGAUCUGCAACAGCGGCUGAGUGGAAACUCCUGGUGGAUGCAACCAAAUCUAAAUGGUUGACUUCCCUCCGGGGGUUUUCAUUGGAAGAUAAACGCGCCCUCGAUAAUGUUUUGUCGCUGACUGAUGUAUUUGGGUCUUUAUGGCAGUUGAAAGGUUUGGAACGUUUUGAGGUUAAGCAACAUCAAACCACUUCGACACUGACGGACGCGGUUUGUCGUCACAUUGCGGAAUCUUGGAGAAUGCUGCGAGUUCUCCGCAUUGAGGUUCGCCUACAGCCGGAAGGGCCAUCGAUCGAAGCUUUGAUCGAUUUUGCCAAGUACUGUCCUCAUCUCAAAUCCCUUAGCCUCUACGUCAACUUUAAUAAGGGAAUGCCAUCUCAUCCCUCUCAGCAUCCUACCUCAUCUCACGGCUUGGAAUUAGUGUCGUUUGGGUGGUCUGCUGCGGGGAAUGAGUUGGCGGCUGCGAAGUGUUUAGACAACCUCUUCCCACGACUAAAACGCCUUGGAAGUAUGGUCCCAAAUUCGAACGAAUCCAGGUCUUGGGAGCAAGUGAAAAGUUUUAUCUGGGCUUUCAAGGAUAAUUCACGGGAAGCAGUUAAAAGUAUCCUCGUCACUGGUGGACACGCGCUUAGUAGGGCCGUUGCUCAAGCAGGAGAAAAUGUCGCGAUAAUCUACAGGUCCUCCAAAGACGCCCCUGAGAUAGCAGAGAAACUCUCGAAAGAGUUCAACGUUAAAGUCAAGGCGUACAAAUGCGACGUCUCGGAUACUGACCUCGUCAACAAGACGCUCAAGCUGGUUUACGAAGAGCUCGGUCUUGGCUUGGUCCCAUCUCAAGUUUUAUUGCCAUAA